UUAUUUCUCUCCUAAAACAUGGAGGAUCAUCUUUGUAGAGAAAUGAGGAUUUAACUAUCAUCUAGUCAUAAUGCUGACUCGAAAGUUAAGUGUUACCGGAGAGUUCUCCACAGCCUUGGCUGAUUAUGGCCCGGACGAGACCUUGUCCGAAGGCAACAACAUUGUGUGGACGAAUAGAUCCGUGGUUCGGAAAGUGAUCAGACUUCUGUCCUUAGCCAGUCUCAUCUCAGUCAUGUUGAACACGCCCAAAACAUUCGAGCAAUGUCCUCCAUUGUUGUAUGUGACGUAUCUAACGGAUUGGGUGUGUGCCUUGGUAUUCCUCUUAGAAAUGAUCACUAAGAUACGAGAGAAGGGCUUGUUAUAUCGAGAUUCGGCCUAUUUGAAAGAUAGAUGGUGCCAAUUUGACUCCACCAUGCUUUUCUUUUUGUUUACCUCCAUCAUCCUUCAAACACUAGAAAUAUGGGGAGUAGCACAUCGAUAUUCACCACUUUCAAUCAUCCGAGCACCUCGACCCCUUAUCAUGAUCCGAUUCAUUCGUGUCUUCCUGAAGUUUUCCAUGCCCAAAUCAAGGAUUAAUCAGAUCUUCAAGAGAUCCAGCCAACAGAUAUACAAUGUCACCAUUUUCUUUCUUUUCUUCAUGUCCCUCUACGGUCUGUUGGGUGUUCAAUUCUUUGGUGAGCUUAACUACCACUGCGUCCGCGCUGGAGUCAAGGCGGAAUUGGUCACCAUCAACGAUCUAACUAUUCCUGACUCUUAUUGCAAUCCCAAACCGGACUCGGAUGAAGGAAACAAGUGUCCUCCCGGGUUCGACUGCAUAAAACUGAGUAACUUGGGGAAAGUCAUUACCGGAUUCACUGGAUUUGGCGAAUUCCUCACUAGCGUUUUCACAGUCUAUCAAGCCGCUAGUCAAGAGGGGUGGGUUUAUAUCAUGUAUCGAGCCGCGGACUCGGUUGCUCCCUGGAAAGCAGUGUUUUACUUCACGACCAUGAUCUUUUUCCUCGCGUGGAUGGUGAGGAACGUCUUUAUCGCCGUGAUUACGGAGACUUUCAACGAGAUUCGGGUCCAAUUCCAAGAGAUGUGGGGUGAACGUGAAAGCCUCGAAGAAACCGAUCAUAAUCAGGUGUUAAAUGGCAAUGCAAAAGCGUGGAAACUCGUCACCGUUUACGAGAACGAGAAUCAAGGAUUUGCUCCGAGUUUCUGCCAAGCAAUUCUAACAUCGCCAGUUUAUCACAUAUUCAUAAUGAUAGUCACUUUGACCAAUGCAGCCAUCACAGCCAGCAUUUCAUUCAAGCAUACCCGGGACGAGAAACCGAGGGAAUACUUCUUUGAAGAUCAAAAGUAUCUCGAGUUUUGGUUCACCAUGUUGUACAACUUUGAAGUGGUGUUCAAGAUGUUCUGUCUGGGCGUUCAGGGUUAUUUCAUUCGAACUAUUCAUAAGUUUGAAUUUCUUUUGGCGGUCACCACAACGAUUCAUAUUCUUCCUUUCGAUGGUCUAUUCUUAUCGUGGCUCUCCAUCUUCCAAGUGCUCCGCGUUGUCCGGUUAAUCAAGGCAUCACCAAUGUUGGAGGACUUCGUGUACAAAAUAUUUGGUCCAGGAAGAAAGUUGGGAAGCUUAAUCAUCUUCACGAUGUGUCUUUUGGUCAUCACAUCGAGUAUAUCAAUGCAACUCUUUUGCUCUCUAAGGGGUUUGGACAAAUUUGAGACCUUUCCAUAUGCUUUUAUGUCUAUGUUUCAAAUUCUGACCCAAGAAGCGUGGCCGGAGGUGAUGUCCAGGACAAUGGAAAUGGUGGACUCAAGACUGACCUUCGUUGUGGCUGUUUAUUUCAUCUUAUAUCAUUUGUUUGUCACACUUAUUGUGAUGUCUCUCUUUGUGGCUGUUAUUUUGGACAACUUGGAGUUGGACGAGGAUGCCAAGAAAAUCAAGCAAUUAAAGAUGAGGGAGGAAUCGUCAGAUAUCAAAGAAGAUCUACCAUUAAGGUUGCGCAUAUUUGAAAGGUUUCCACAAAGGCCCAGAUUCUGUCUCCUCAAUCGAACUCCUUCAGAAUAUUCCACACCAAAAGUGCGUGAGAGCUUUGUCACCAAGUUUGUAUACGACUCCGAAAACUCGGCCGACAUCCUGGAUAUCACCACGGCUCAUGAGAAUGGAUACGACGAAAAUCAAACGUCACUUCGAUUUCGCAAGAAAUGUAAUCCAUGUCUUUUGUCAUCUCCUAUACGAAGGACUUUUAACUCGUCAGUAAUCAAGAAAUCUUCGGUCUCCAACAUCAUUUGGUCGGUUCGUCGCUCCCUCAGAGGCUCUCAACUCUUCAACAAACGGGGAGGAACUUAUCGUAUCAACGACAGCUCCAAAGAAAAUGGGUUCAUACCGGGCAUGAACACGAUUGCCACCUCGAACCGCCCUCAAAACAUUGAUAUCAAACUACUUCACGCCAAAAAACAACAAGCUGAGAUGAGACGCAACCAGAAGGAGGAAGAUCUGCGAGAAAAUCACCCGUACUUUGACCGACCUCUCUUCGCCGUUCCUAGAGAGUCUACUUUUCGAAAAAUUUGCCAAAUGUUAAAAAACGCCCAAUACGAUGCUACUCUGAAGGAUCCCGUCACAGGGAAGGAGCGCAAGGUUCGAUUCAAAACAUUUCAUAAGCUAAUGGGAUUGGUUACUUACGUGGAUUGGACUAUGAUCAUCAUUACCACACUCACCACACUUUCGAUGACGGCUGAAACACCAGAGUAUAGAGUUAUGGACAAUAUGCUCCUUCAAAUCAUGGACUACGUCUUCGUCAUGGGCAUGGGAUUGGAACUGACACUCAAGGUCUUGGCCGAGGGAAUGCUCUUCACUCCCAAGGCCUUGGUCAAGGAUGUCAGCGGUAUUCUGGACUUGUUCAUAUUCAGCGUAAGCUUCUUGUGGAUCUGUUGGAUGCCCACCAAGGUUGAACAAAAUUCAAUCGCCCAAGUGGUUAUGAUCCUGAGGUGUUGUCGACCUUUGAGAAUCUUCAUUCUCGUACCGCAUAUGCGGAAAGUGGUACAAGAACUUUGCCGUAGUUUUAAGGAGAUCUUCCUCGUUGGGGUCUUGCUCUUGGUUCUAAUUUUCAUCUUUGCCAGUUAUGGCGUGAACUUGUAUGGAAUGCGGUUUGCCUCAUGUAACGACGUGAACAUCAAAACCCGAGACGAGUGCACGGGCAUCUUCCGAGCCGAGGUCUUCGUAACAAAGAUGAACAUCCCCAACACACCCAAUUGUCCGGGACCAGGGCUCUACACACCACGGGUUUGGAUGAAUCCUCGUAGAUUCAAUUUCGAUAACAUCCGGAACUCGAUGCUGGCUUUAUUUGAGGUCCUGUCAUUCAAAGGAUGGGUGGAUUUACGGGACGUUAUCAUCACCAGAAUGGGACUAUCCUCCGCUACUUACAUACACAUGUACGUGUUUCUGGGCAGUAUGAUUGGACUGACACUCUUUGUGGGUGUAGUUAUCGCCAAUUACCGCGAAAAUAAAGGCACAGCGCUUCUCACCGUGGAUCAAAUGCGAUGGAGCGAUCUUAAGAAGCGAUUAAAAAUCGCUCAACCACUUCAUGUUCCUCCGCGUCCAGAAACUUCCAGGUUUCAAUCGUUCAUCUACGACAUUGUCCAACAUCUCUACUUCAAACGACUGAUUGCUGCCCUGGUAUUGUUCAACAGUUUUUUGCUCUGUGUCAAAUGGGAAGAGGAAGAAGAUAUUCCGCAAACGGGUUUUGAUACGGUCGAACAGGCCAAUUCCACCUCAUCCCCUAUGGUGGGACAAAUGUUGAUCCGUCAAUCCCUGGCUACAGCUAGUUCAUCAUUGACCAUUUGCUUUGUCAUUGAAGUGAUCAUGAAAAUGAUCGCUUUCACCCCCUAUGGAUACUGGCAAUCUCGUCGAAACAGAGGCGAUCUUCUGGUCACCGUACUCGGUGUGAUUUGGAUCAUCUUGAAUCACGCCAUCUACAAUGAGUACACCUUGACCUUGGGCUAUGUGGUGAUUAUUCUGCGCUUCUUCACGAUCACGGGUAAACAUGCAACGUUGAAGAUGUUAAUGCAGACUGUAUUUGUGUCCAUGUUCAAGAGCUUCUUCAUCAUCAUGGGAAUGUUCCUGCUAAUUACGGUGUAUGCCUUAGCGGGAGUUAUUCUGUUUGGAUCCGUCAAAUAUGGGGAGGCCAUCAAUCGACAAGCCAACUUCCGGACAGCUUGGUACGGCAUGGCCAUGCUCUUCCGAACGGUGACUGGCGAAGAUUGGAACCGCGUGCUUCAUGAUUGUAUGCUCUAUCCUCCCUAUUGUACUCAUCAACCCGGAGCCAGUUUUUGGGAGACGGAUUGUGGCAAUGUUGUGGCUGGCAUUGUUUAUUUCUGCAGUUUUUAUGUCAUUAUCACCUAUAUUGUUUUAAACCUUUUGGUAGCCAUCAUCAUGGAAAACUUUUCGUUGUUCUAUUCCAACGAAGAGGAUGCCCUCUUGUCGUAUGCUGAUAUUCGCAACUUCCAGAAUACGUGGAACAUAGUCGAUGUGAACCAACGCGGCAUGAUUCCAGUCAGAAGAGUCAAGUUCAUCCUCCGUCUUCUCAAGGGCCGAUUGGAAGUCGAUCCACAGAAGGACAACCUUUUAUUCAAGCACAUGUGUUACGAGUUGGAGAGGCUUCACAAUGGUGAAGAUGUCACGUUCCAUGAUGUUCUGAGUAUGUUAUCUUACCGUUCUGUGGAUAUCCGAAAAGCAUUGCAACUAGAGGAGCUUUUAGCCCGAGAGGAACUGGAGUAUCUAAUCGAGGAAGAAGUGGCCAAAAUCACCAUCAGAAAUUGGUUGGAUGGCUGCUUGCGACGCAUUCGGGACAAGGAACAAAGUCUUAUCGCUGGAUUGAGAGCCAUGAACGAUCCCGUCUUGAGUGCGCUGAAACCAUUGGAAGAAUUGGAGCAAGAGAACGAUGACGAUUGGGUCAGUCAGAAUCGCACAACUAUCACCGCCUUGGAGACAGAAGAAAAAUGGUUGGGCAACAAAGACGGGGUGCAAGAAGACGAAUACCCACAACAACAGAGUCAACCACAAAUGAAGGUCCAGAAGACCGCAAUGGUUCAAUCCUCACAGACCAAAACAUUUCUAAGUAGUGAGUCAUCUUCCCGAGUCAAAGCCGCUUCACCGUUGAAAACUCCAUCCAUUGAUCCCUGCUUGUCCAAAGCCCACAUCAGCGAGCUUCAAAGUUGGUGGCAGUCAGAAAUUGAUCAAGAUGAUUCUGAAUAGAUGGAUUGAUAACCAUUGUAAUAAGUUAACUAUAUUUCUUUGGAUUUGUGUGUUCAAAUGUCAUGAACAAUCUACUAUUACGAGUAAAAUACUAUGGUAAAUAUAAAGAAGGCAUGAGCAAAGGAAAAACA